AUGGGCAGCAGUUUCAGGCUCAUUUCAUUGACACACAGAACUCGGCCAUUCGUGUGCAAACUUGGCAUGUGCUGACUCAGCUGGUCUGGCCUUAAAUCCCUGGUAUAAACUCUGCUAUCCCACUCAAGAAGACUCGCUGGGUAAGCUAGAAGAUAAAGGAUGUCGCAGUUUUGGAUCCUUCUUCUCUCCUUGGUUGGUCUUGGCUACUGUUUGCCUGUAUGGGAGGACAGGAACAUUCUUCUGGAGCAGGAGAAUUCCCUCAGAACAGGGGGCAACAUCAUCUUAGGGGAUAGAGAAGUGGAGGCCAAUAAAAACCUGAUGAAGAUUAAGGUAGCAGAAGUGAGUCAAGCCAUAAAAAGCGGUAUCUUUCCUCCCAGCAUGCACUUCUUCAAAGCCCGGGUACACAUCCAGCAGAGCAAAGUGUUCAGUAUACUUCAAGAGAUGCCUAAAGGGGGCGCUCUACACUUACAUGACUUUGCAAUCCUGAGUGUAGAUUGGCUGGUGAAAAACGCCUCCUAUCUCCCAGACUGUUACGUCUGCUUUACAAACACUGCGGAUGUCAGAUUCACAUUUUCCAAGCCAGACUCCUUGGGGAUGCUGCCACGUGGUUGUUCAGAAUGGAUUCUUCUAGAGACAUACAGAAAAAAGCUGGGGGACGUCACAGAGUUCGACAGAAGUCUGAUACGCAACCUGACAUUGCUUACGGAUACCCCAGAGCUGGACUACCCUUCCCAAGACAUAAUAUGGCGACGGUUUGAGGGGGCUUUUAUUGCUGGUGCUGGCCUCAUCCUAUAUGCCCCUGUCUUCAAGCAGUAUAUCUAUGAGGGUCUCAAUGAGCUUUAUCAAGACAACAUCCAGUACGUUGAGCUGAGGGCAAUGCUCCCCCCGGUAUAUGAACUGGAUGGCACAACCCAUGAUCGCGCCUGGUUAGUGGCUACUUACAGAGAUAUUGCCAAUCAGUUCAAAGAAGACCAUCCAGAUUUCUUAGGAUUAAAGAUCAUUUAUACAGUACACAGGCAUGAAGAACUUUCUGCAGUGAAAGAAGCUGUUCAUUUCGCAAUACAACUCAUGUCUCAGUUCCCUGACACCAUGGCUGGCUUUGACUUGGUUGGUCAAGAAGAUGCCGGUCACUCACUGUUCCAACUGCGAGAAGCCCUCAGCAUCCCUAGCACGAUGGGAGUUAACCUGCCAUAUUUUUUCCAUGCUGGAGAGACUAGUUGGCAAGGUAUGGAUGUAGAUGAAAAUGUGCUGGAUGCCCUGUUACUGAACACUUCCAGGAUUGGUCAUGGAUAUGCACUCCUCAAACACCCCAUGGCCCGGGAAAUGUCUCUGAAGAUGAAUGUCCCUUUAGAAAUCUGUCCAGUUUCCAAUCAGGUCCUGCUCUUAGUGUCUGACCUACGCAAUCACCCAGCAGCUGCUCUCCUGGCCAACAAUCAUCCUCUAGUUAUCAGCUCAGACGACCCAUCCAUUUUUGGAGCCCAAGGAUUGUCAUAUGACUUCUAUGAGGUGUUCAUGGGAAUUGGGGGUCUUAAUGCUGAUCUGAAGACUCUCAAACAGCUGGUGGUCAAUUCAAUCACGUUCAGCUCUUUGUCUCCAGAGGGGAAGGCCAGAUUGAUGGAUGUCUGGCAAAAGAAGUGGGAUAAAUUUGUAGAAGAUCUAAUCAAGAAGACCUGGGAGGAGCAACUGUAGAACGCAAUGUUUUGCAAUGUGCGAUUUUCUAAUACAGCGUCACUACUGUCAAUCUGCAGGACAAUGAAACGUUUUUAUCCAAGAGAAGGAGUAAAAAAAAAAUAUACAAAAAAAAUUCUGUACACAAUACUCAACAUGGCAGAAGGAGUGAAUGUGUGUGAAUGAGGACAUGUUAGCGAGAGAACGGUGUACAGAAAGUGGGAGCAGAAAGAUGGAAGAAAGGGCAAAGAGCGUGGUGACGAUACAUAAGAUGAAGCCAUUCUACUAGGUAAUACUGGAUGCCCGCACUACAUCGACAGGGAAGACCCCGCAGAAAAAACAAAAUUGCCCCCACCCCCAGUCCUGGCUUAACAGUAUGGUACCUGAGACAAGGGUUAGAACUGGUAGCAUGCAAUGCUGAACCUGUAAGAUUGGGCAAGGCACCAUUAGGUACUUGGUGGUAUUAUGGCAGGCAUAGCUGCCUUACAAGCAGUUCACAGGAGUUUGAUUCCCGGUUAAUGUAUUUCAUCUCCCAUAAGGAUGCUGUUUGAAUGGUGUUUCUUUUUCCCAUAGUCCAUAAUGGUAGAUGAAUAAGCCAUAGUCUGUGUCUAUGGGGACUAGAUUGUAAGUUGUUGUGGAGCAGGGACACUUGGGGGUGAAUAUGUUCUUUUGUACAGGAUUGAAAUGUGUUUUAAUAAAUGAUCCUGAUCAUACGCACAA